AUGGAAGCCAUCAGGAGUGCGGAUCCUAGCAUGUCCGAGGCUGUGCAGAUGUCCAGUUUGGAUGACUUGGGAGAACCAAGGCUUGUUAUUGCAGAAGACUCUGGAACUGUUGCAACUCCUUUGACUCGGGAGGUGUCAGAGGGUCUCAUUAAGGUUCUGAUUUCUCUGAAGCCUCCGGCUUCUCCUCUAGCCGGCCUGGUCUUCUCCUCAUCCCAUGUGCUACAGUCAAGGUUCCAGGGGCCUUCUUCAGGGCAGUCUGUGGAAUUCCAGAUUCAUGACACUGAUUCUGAAGAGUCUUCCUCAGAUGAAGACUCCUUGGCAUAUUCCACCCAGAUCCCUUCUCCCCUGGAAUGUGCUCCCCCAGAGGAAGAGUCUAAUGUGGGUGAGUCUACCACUGAAGAGCUUUCCUUUGGCGAAACUAUUAAUAAAAUGAGGGAAUGCUCUCAGAUCUCAGAAGAACAAGAGAGAUGUAAGCUACUCCAGUUAGACGCCCCUGCUCCUUUAGCAGUUCCACCAGUCCUGCCAGCCUUCUUAGAUGCCUUUAAGGCAGCUUCCAAGACCCCAGUCUCACAGGCCCCUGCUUCUAAAAGACCUGAUCGCUUCUGUAAGGUCCCUGAGAAUUUAUGCUUGGGAACAGACAUGAAGCUACAGCCUCCGACAAGUUUGGCAAACCAUUAUGCAACUCUCCGAAAGCUGUAUGAAAAGUGUCAGUUUGUCCAAGGCAAUUUGGAGAUAACCCAUUUCAGUGAGUCAGAUGAUCUUUCCUUCUUGAAGGAUAUUAAAGAAGUUCUUGGCUAUGUUUUAAUAGCAAACAACACUGCAAAGUACAUUCCACUGGACAACUUGCUGAUUAUCAGAGGGAUACAUCUCUAUGAUGGCAAGUUUGCACUGGCUAUUCUAAACAACUCUGAUCCAAGCAGAACUACAGGGCUUUUGGAACUUCGAAUGAAGAAACUUGCAGAAAUUCUAAAAGGGGGAGUGAAGAUUUCUGAGAAUCCUCAGCUUUGCUACCAUAAUACAAUUCGGUGGGAGGACAUCAUUAACACGAAGGAAUCCGGCAAUGGGAGCUUGGAAAUUGACUUACCAGCAAAGACAUGUGGAUCAUGUACCAACUGUUCAUCCUGUUGGGGCAUGGAACCGCAGUACUGUCAGAAGUUUACCCAUAUAAUAUGUGACAGUGGCUGUAAACGCUGCAAAGGGAGUGAAGCCAGUGACUGUUGCCACCAGGAAUGUGCUGCUGGUUGCACUGGUCCCCGGCAGGUGGACUGUUUGGCCUGCCUUCACUUCAGUGACAAUAACGAAUGUAAAAGCAUAUGUCCAUCUCCAACAACUUAUAAUUCUGUCACCUUCCAGACAGUGCAAAACAAGAAUGGCAGAUUCAUUGUUGGCGCUACCUGUGUCAAGCAGUGCCCCUACAAUUAUCUGGCAACUAUAAUGGGUUCAUGUACCACAGUGUGCCCUCCUGAAAACAAGGAGGUAAAAGGAGAAAAAAAUGGCCUGAAAUGUGAAAAGUGUAAUGAGCCUUGUCCCAAAGUUUGUUACGGUUUGGGUAUGGAUUACCUGAAAGGUGUCAGAAUGCUUAAUUCUUCCAUACUUGAGUCUUUUGCUGGCUGCACCAAGAUAUUUGGAAACCUGGUUUUCUUGCCAGAGUCUUUUCUUGGUGAUCCUACUAAGAAUUCUUCAGCAAUUGAUCCAGAGAAACUGAAAAUCUUUGGACAACUCAAAGAGAUAACAGGAUAUUUGCAUAUUGGUUACUGGCCAGCAAACUUUACAGAUCUAAAUGUAUUUGAAACCCUUUCGGUAAUCCGUGGCCGAGACCUCUAUUUAGGUGCAUACUCUUUGGUGCUAGAGAACCUUAAUAUAGAGUCUCUGGGACUUCAUUCCCUCACUGAGAUCAGUGGCGGCCUGGUGUUAUUAGACAGAAAUCCAAAUCUGUGCUAUGUGGAUAAUGCCCCCUGGAAAGACAUCUUUCGAAAUGCACGACAAGGAGUAAUCCAGACUACAAAUAGAAGUGAGCAAUGUGCAAAUGAAGGUAAAACAUGUUUUCAUCUGUGUGUGGAAAACAAAUGUUGGGGACCAGGACCAUUUCAGUGUGUAACCUGCCGGAAAUAUGUACAGGGACAGCAGUGUGUCGAGUCUUGUAACUUGUAUGACGGGGAAGUAAGAGAAUACUUGAAUGGUUCUAGAUGUAUCCCUUGUCAUCCUGAAUGUCAGCCUCAAAAUGGGACGGAGACCUGCAAUGGACCAGGAGAAGAGAAUUGUCAGAAAUGUGCCCAUUAUAUUGAUGGAAAUUCCUGUGUGGAGAAAUGCCCAAGUGGUAUGAAGGGGAGUUCAUCUGUUCCUGUCUGGAAAUACCCUGAUGAGGAUGGUGCAUGCCAGUUCUGUGCCACAAAUUGUACUGUGUCGUGCACAGUUCUGGAUGAAAAGGGUUGCCCCAUAUUGCAGAGUCAGAGCCAGGUGACGUCUAUUAUUGCAGCGGUGGUUGGCGUUCUCCUCUUGGUACUUCUUACUGUGAUUAUUUUGUUCUUUAUCAAACGGAAGAGACAGCUGAAGAGAAAACAUACCCUGCAGCGUAUUCUACGAGAAAAUGAGCUGGUCGAACCACUUACUCCUAGUGGAGCUGUGCCCAACCAAGCACAGAUGAGAAUCCUGAGGGAAACAGAGCUGGAAAAGCUGAAAGUUCUAGGAUCUGGUGCCUUUGGUACUGUAUAUCAGGGUGUCUGGAUUCCUGAUGAAGAAGAUAUCAAGAUUCCAGUUGCAAUUAAGGUGUUGAGAGAGAACACGUCUCCAAAGGCAAAUAAAGAAAUUCUUGAUGAAGCAUACUUGAUGGCAGGUGUCAGAAGCCCAUAUGUCUGUCGUCUUCUUGGAAUUUGUCUCACCUCCACAGUUCAGUUGGUUACCCAGCUAAUGCCAUAUGGCUGUCUGUUAGAUUAUGUACGUGAGAAUAAGGAUAGACUUCAAUCUCAGCAUCUCCUGAACUGGUGUGUUCAGAUAGCUAAGGGUAUGAAUUACUUGGAAGAAGUCCGCCUGGUUCAUAGAGAUCUUGCAGCCCGGAAUGUUUUGGUGAAGACUCCAGCCCAUGUAAAGAUUACUGACUUUGGCUUAGCCCGGCUUCUGGAUAUUGAUGAGACAGAAUACCAUGCUGAUGCAGGAAAGGUUCCCAUUAAGUGGAUGGCUUUGGAGUCCAUACUGCAUCGGAAGUUCACCCAUCAAAGUGAUGUUUGGAGCUAUGGGGUAACUGUCUGGGAGCUGAUGACAUUUGGAGCCAAGCCUUAUGAUGGAAUUCCAGCACGAGAUAUCCCUGACUUACUGGAAAAGGGAGAAAGACUGCCUCAACCUCCAAACUGCACCAUUGAUGUCUACAUGAUCAUGGUGAAAUGCUGGAUGAUAGAUUCAGAUUGUCGUCCCAAGUUCCGAGAUUUGGUAUCAGAUUUCAGCAGAAUGGCACGAGAUCCUCAACGUUAUGUGGUCAUCCAGAGUGAUGACACUAGCAAUUCAAGUCCUGUAGAUAGCAAGUUUUACCGAACUCUGUUAGAAGAAGAAGCCAUGAAUGACUUGGUAGAUGCAGAACAGUACCUAGAUCAUCAGGGAUUCUUCAGCAGCGAAACUUCACCUGACUACAGAAGCAGAAUAUCAUCUACCAGAAGUGCCACAGAAAACAAAGGAGAGCUGGAGCCGGCUGGAAUGCUAAUGCAGUAUCCUAACCUCAGCUGUGGUGUUUCACAGCAGUCUGUAGAUGAAUGUUCAGAUGUUUUCACAGAAGGAGAGUGCACAGGUAGCAAAGUUCCUCUGGCACUGACUCGGCCAUCUCGAGAAAACAGCAUUGCUUUGCGUUACAGUGAUGAUCCAACCUGUGUCGUGCUUGAUGACAAUAUCGAGGGUGACUUGGAAGUAGAUGGCUACAUAGCACCUGGACCUUGCCUGUCAUCACCAGAAUAUGUGAAUCAAGUUGAGCAGCAUCCAAAUCAACAAAGACAGAAGGUAUCCACUCUAGAGAGAAAUAAAGGAUACUGUAGUAAAAAUGGAGUUAUCAAGGACCCAAAGACUUCAUUUAUGAAUGGAUUUAGCCAUACAGUGGAGAAUCCAGAGUAUCACAUACCCCACAGCAUGUAUGAACCCUCCUUUCAGCCACAGGCAUUUGAUAACCCAUAUUACUGGAAUCAGGAUCCUUCUACCAAACCGUUUCAGGACAACCCAGAGUACCUUAUGGUUGUUCCCUCUUCUGUCAGUGGAUUCACAACUCCCACAGUUGAAAACCCUGAAUACCUUGGAUUCACACAACUCAAACAUGGAUCCUCUUAAAACUACAACCCAUCAUUAGGGGGAAAACCAGUAUCUGGAAAGUUAAGGUGGGUUGUGGAUUAUUACUGAGGCAGCUGAAGGACAACAUUUUCUUCAAACUACUGAUGUCAUUCUUCACAGAGUGUGGAUUUUUGUUUUGGAAUGUGUACUUAAGGCUUGCAUAUCAAGUACCUUACUGACCACUGUAAAAGUAAACUCUUCAUUAUCUAAUGUUCCACAGACUGAUAUGGAAUUGAGCAUAUAUUUGGUCAGUAAUUGUCCUACUGUGAGACACAGAAUGGCUUCAGUGUAAGUUGCCUUGGAAUAUUUAACCUGCAAAUUUAAGGAAACUGACUUGCCUAACAUUUUUGAAGCUGUUCAACACUAAAAAGAAUUGAAUAUAUUUCAGGAGUGUCUGUAAUAUUCUGUACUACAGGUCAGUCACAUCUAUAAUGCCCUCUUUAAAAAUGAUAGGUUCCAUUCACCAAGCCACAGAUGUUAGAUCAUGCAAGACAGUGGUUAAACAAGAUGUCAAAAUGAGGCUUUGUUGUAAGGUACAACUACCUGGACAGGAAACUACUAAUAAAAAUGAACACCUGUCUCACUUUA